CCCUCCCUCCCGGCCGCGGAGCAGCAUGGCGGAGCCCGGGCAGCGGCCGCGCGGCCGCCCGCCGCCCCUCUGAGCCCGGCUCUGGGGCAGCCGGGCGCCCCAGACCCGACCCCCGCCCCGCCGCGCCCGCCGCCGCACUUGUCCCACCGCGCGCCCCCUGGAGCGCCGCGCACCCCUGGGACCCUUGCGCUCCCGGCCCCCCGCGUAACCCGGGACCCCGCGCGCCCUGGGAGCCCGGUACCGCCCCGGGACCCCGCGCGUCCCAGGACCGCGACGCAGCUCCGGGACGUCGGCGCGCUCUGGGACCCGCGCGCUCUCAGAACCCCGGACUCGGCCAACCGGGCUGCGCGCCUGGGGAGGGGCCCCGCCUCAGAGGGUCCCCCUCUUCCAGCAGACGGAGCCCCGCCCCAGAGGGACCCCCAGGUCCGGCAGGGACACCCAGCCCAGCCCCAGAGGGCUCCCAGCAUCCCGUCGCUGGAGCCCCGCGUCCCGGAGGAACCUCCGUGCCCAGCUGGGGGCUCCCCGCCCCGCCGAGGGGGCGCCGCCCAGGAGGGUCCCCGCGCCCCGCGGGCCCCGGCAGGAUGCACGCCGCCCUGGCGGGGCCGCUGCUCGCCGCCCUCCUCGCCACCGCCCGCGCCCGCCCGCAGCCCCCGGACGGAGGACAGUGCCGGCCGCCCGGAUCGCAGAGGGAGCUGAACUCCUUCCUGUGGACGAUCCGGCGUGACCCCCCGGCGUACCUUUUUGGCACCAUCCACGUGCCCUACACGCGCGUGUGGGACUUCAUCCCGGACAACUCCAAGGCAGCCUUUCAGGCCAGCGCUCGCGUCUACUUUGAGCUGGACCUGACCGACCCCUAUACCAUCUCAGCGCUGGCCAGCUGCCAGCUGCUCCCGCACGGCGAGAACCUGCAGGACGUGCUGCCGCGGGAGCUCUACUGGCGCCUGAAGCGCCACCUGGACUACGUGAAGCUGAUGAUGCCCUCGUGGAUGACGCCGGCGCAGCGGGGCAAGGGGCUCUAUGCCGACUACCUGUUCAACGCCAUCGCGGGCAACUGGGAGCGCAAGAGACCCGUGUGGGUGAUGCUCAUGGUCAACUCGCUCACGGAGACGGAUGUGCGCUCCCGCGGCGUGCCCGUGCUGGAUCUCUACCUGGCCCAGCAGGCCGAGAGGAUGAAGAAGAGCACCGGGGCCGUGGAGCGGGUGGAGGAGCAGUGCCACCCUCUUAAUGGGCUCAACUUCUCCCAGGUGCUGUUUGCCCUGAACCAGACUCUGCUGCAGCAUGAGAGUGUGCGGGCGGGGAGCCUGCAGGCGCCCUAUACCACAGAGGACCUCAUCAAACACUACAACUGUGGGGAUCUCAAUGCUGUCAUCUUCAACCACGACACAUCCCAGCUGCCCAGCUUCAUCAACACCACCCUCCCGCCGCACGAGCAGGUGACAGCCCAGGAGAUCGACAGCUACUUCCGCCACGAGCUCAUCUACAAGAGGAACGAGCGGAUGGGGAAGAGGGUCAUGGCGCUUCUGCAGGAGAAUGAAGAUAAGAUCUGCUUCUUCGCCUUCGGAGCAGGUCAUUUCCUGGGAAACAACACAGUCAUCGACGUCCUUCGGCAGGCAGGGCUGGAAGUGGAGCACACACCGGCAGGGCAGACCAUCCACAGCCCCGCCGCCCGGAGCCCUGAGCCCCCACCCGAGAGGACCUCGGCGAGUCCGGCCCCAGUCACCCCUGCCGCCGCCGUCCCUGCAGCGCCCUCGGCAACCCCCACUGUCCCGCCUGAGGAGGAGGACCCAGCCCUGUCCCCACACCUCCUGCUCCCCGACAGCCUCAGCCAGCUGGAGGAGUUUGGGCGGCAGAAGAAGUGGCACAAGAGGCAGAACAAGCAGCAGAGGCCACGGCAGUUCAAUGACCUGUGGGUUCGCCUCGAGGACAGCACGGCCGCCUCACCGCCCCCGCCACCCCUGCAGCCCACACACAGCCCUGGGACCGCGGGGCCAGCCUUGCAGCUCUCAGAGCGGCUUCAGCAGCGGGAAGAGCCGGGUCCCACCAGCAGCUCAGCGCCCUGCCGUCCCCAGCCCACCCUGGGCCUCCUCCCCGCCAUUGUGGCCGGCGUUGCAGCCCCCCUCCUGCGGCACCGCCUUGGGCCCUCCUGACCUUGGGCACCAGUACAGAGAAGCCAGAGAAACCACAGGAGGGUGUGUGGCCACCCCCCCCAACUGCCCCUGCCACCACCUCGGGGGUGCCUGACACCUCACGGGCAGUCCAGACGGGAUCCGUUAGAACACUAGAGCUUUAUUAUACCCGAGUUACAUCUUCUUUUUUGUAGAAGGAUCUUAAUUUCCCAUAGUGCUAUGGGGCUCUUUUGUAAAAUAUGUGUCCAUAUUAAAAAAGAAAAAUGUAUUUAUUCUUACCGAUAAAACUAUUUUUAUGUGGCCUAUGUUAACCCUUUAAGUAGCCCCAGCACCAACCCAGGAGGUGAACCCAGGCUGCCAGGAGUUCUGCAAUCUCAGGCAGACCACGGCCUUGAACUGGCUUGCUCCUAGGCCCGCAGAAGCUUCCGCUGUCUGGGUUUGGCUUCUCCCACCAUGGGGACCUCAGAGAGAGGGGCAGGCAGACAGGCUUAUUAGCUUUUGAAGCUGGAUCUGGGAGCCAGAGAUGUGAACGCUGACGACUUCCCUUCCGUGGCUGCAUCCUAGGGUGGGAAGGUACUUUAGGAAAGAAUGCUGCUAUUUUGAAAACCCUGAGUGUCUGUGAAAUGGCCUUCCAGAGCUCUCGGUAAGUGUUUGGACCAAAGCACGGGGGUGAGGGAGGGAUGGUGGUGCCAAGGGGGGCCAUCCCCCAGCCCUCUGUGACAAAUGGUUAAGUUGAGAUCCAAAGAGAGGAAGGUGGUUGCCCAAGGUCAUGCAGCAAGUGAGAGAGCCCAGGUGUGAGUCCAGACUCCUCUGUUCUGGUUUCAUUAGUCUUCUUUGAGCCUGGCUUGUAGAAGAGCCUGUUGAAGUCACGCCAAACUGAGUGAGCUGGGUCCAAGGCAGGUGUGGGCACAGAAGGGCCAUUUUAGGGACAGAGGCUCUAGGAGUCACACAGUAAUAAUAAUCCUAAUGUAAGCUACCCUUUGUCCUGAGCCUGCAGCACGGCAGGCAUUUUGCACACUCACUUUGUCACUGAUUCUCAUGCCAGUUCUAUGAGAUGUGAUUGUCCCCAUUUCACAGAUGAGGAAACUGAGCCCCCCCAAAUGGAUAAACUGACUUGCCCAAGGUCACCUGGCUGGGACAUGACCCCAGAUCAGUAUGAUUCCAAAGCAAUGCUCGUCCCCUGGACCGUAUUUUGCCAUGUUCUUUCUGCACAGGGAAGCCCCAAGGAAAGGAGAUCGCCCCCAGAUGGGCCAGCACAAGCCCCUCGUCCCAGCCCAAGAGACCCCUUGGCCACAGUCACUCAUGUUAGCCCCUCUGAACGAGGGGCUCUGGCAACAGCCUGUGCACAAGCUUGUGUCCCAUGCCCCAACUUGUCUUAUCUUGGAGCUAGUGAGAGGCUUUCCUACCAAAUCAGAGGCUGGCAGGUGGGAGAAUCUGGGCGGGCAGGCAGGCAGUUGAGACUUAGGGAGACUGACCUCAUUCCUCUGCCUCCAGCUUGCUGGCUGAGAAAGCAAAGGACCCAGGUUGCCUUCCUCCUUGCCCUAAAUCCUCAUUGGACUGGAGGCUCACCAGUUACAGAGUUCUGGAACCCAAGAGCAGAAAGGGCCCCUCGUUUGACAGAUAAGAACAUUAAGAGUAAUCAUGAGGCCCAGAGAGGGGAGACACUUCCCCAAGACUGCACAGCUGGGUGGGUCUGCUGACUCCCAGCCCAGUGCUCCACAGCAUCACCACAUCAUGGACUUCCCUGGAAGACCUGACAUUGGCUGAUUAGACCCAAUGCCGUUGUACCCCU